AUAGGUUAAUAAAAAUGCGUUAUGAUAACUAGUACGUUACUGUUGUUGCUCGUAUCGUAUUGCGUCGUAUUUAUCUCUAAGAAACGAGCAAGCGGUUCUCUCGAUUAAUCAUACGUCUCUCGAUAGCGACGUCAAAUACGUAUUCGAACCGUUAUCAUUUCUGAAAUAACGAUCCUGUUCCAUUGUUUCAGGCGCAACGACCGGAGCAGAGCGUAAUGCAGGCCUUGGAGAGUCUCAAUGAUUCACAGGUGAAUGACUUCUUGUCCGGCAAGGCGCCGCUUAAUCUGACGAUGCGACUGGGUGACCACAUGAUGUUGAUCCAACUGCAGCUGUCUACUGUAACCCCAGCAUCGCCAACCGCCAGUCAAGCGAGCUCUGCCAGCAGUAGCAGCCAUAGUCAUCACAGUAGCAAUAGCAGCAGCAGCAGCAACAACGUUGUGGGCUUGCCCAAUGGUGGCAAUACCACGAGCAUGUCCAAUUUAUCUGGUGGUCAUUCGUCGUUGCAGGCCAGAAGGUGCCUCACGGCCAGAUCACCAGGAAAUAUCGUCAACAAACCGCAGAAUGUCAGCGGGGCACCGGCUAGCAGAACGUCGCAUCUAAUUAGCAGCCUCGCUAGUGCCCUGCACGCAGCCGCCAGCUACAGUAGCAGCGGCAGUCUACCCACCGCCAAUAUUACUACCACGAGCAACAGCCCGGUAUGCUCCAGCCGAGUCACAACACCCUCCUCUUCGUCUGUCUCGGCGGCGCCAAUUAGCCCGGCGCACUCAUCGUCGUCGUUCAGCAGUAACUCGGGCCAGUCGCAAUCUACGCGUGGCAAUUCGCACGGCGUCCCAUCUACAAACGGCAGUUCUUCCAGCGCGUGCCAGCCCUGUCCGCUUUAUCACCACCAUCAUCAUCACGGCCACCAUCACGGCCAUCACCACAGCCACCAUCAUCACCAUCAUCAUCACCAUCAUCAUCACCAUUCGAGGAACAAACCCAGUUUGCCCAAUCUUUCCACUUCUUCCUCUUCCUCUUCCUUCAGUUCGGGUUCGUCCCCGAUUCAGGAGCAAUCCACCUUGGAUCCGACGUCUUACGAUACGACGCUGCCUAGGAAGAAGCUUUGCAGCGGCCAUCAUCAUCACGGCCAGCCGUCAUCAUCCGUUAUCACUGGUGACAUGGACGCCACGAGGAGUCAACACGAGGAGUCAAAUCCGCAAAGCCCGACAUGCACCUCGUCGCUGAUGCUGGAGCAGUCGCCGCCCAAGCCCGCUACUCUCGACACCCGGGCGCUCGCCGAAGCGUCUCGGAACCUCACUCAGAAACUAAAGCAGCUCUCCUCUGAGGUACUCACCUCGCGGGUCGACCUCGCAGAGGAGAACGCGAGACGCAGGCAGGGCGCGAUAAUAGAGAGUAUGCAUCAUCAUGGCAAGGGCGUAUAUUCCGGUACGUUCAGCGGCACUCUGAACCCAGCCCUCCAGGACAGACACGGACGACCGAAGCGAGAUAUUAGCACCAUCAUUCACAUCCUGAAUGACUUGCUUUGCGCGACACCGGCUGCAUCCGCAGGUCACUACAGGCAUCAUCAUCACAGGCAUUCGCAUACUCGCCAGCAAUCCUCAAUGUCCACAUCUUCCGCAGGCACCACAGCGGCUGCGACGUCUACAACGUCGGUCGGCUGCCAUGAUUCCACACCAGGCUAUUCCAGCGAGGAAUUGUCAAAGGAGAACGAGGCAACGAAGGGCAAGAUGCGUCGGCUGCGCUUAGUCAUGGAGCAACGUCGUGCUAAGAGAAAAGCCAGGCGACAAGCGCGAGCGGCGCCAUACACCACGCAGUGGGCCGCAAUGACUCCCGCCGAUCCGAACCACGAGCCGAACACGUCGACUGCGACCUCGAGCACCACCACCACCACUAACAGCGCGGAGCCGCAGAAUGAGCCGGAGCUUCAGCCGUGCAGCCCCGAACCGGUCGUAGCUUAAAUACCACAUCACUAACAGUCAAUUCACGGCACAGUAGUAUCCUCUAUAUUCGUAUACAUAGGGUAUGAUUGUCGUUUUCGUUUUUACCUAUCGCACUGAUUUAUUCCGAAGGAAGAGAGUAUAUACAGGGUCGAACGUGUCCUAUCACGCAAUUACAUUCGCUCCGUACAACUCUCCGCGCAACCAAACGCUGCAAAACGUUUUAAACGUUUGAUUUGACACCUAUUUUUUUGUUGAUACCCUAGUAUUCAGUCUCAAUCAUUACCGCGGAUCCGCCGAGUUUCUCUCCGUAUUAUGCAAGUGUCUCGCUUUCUCCAAUUUGCGUUACCUUAUGCAAAUAGACGUAAUUCGCGAGGAUUCGCUGGCUGAUGGAUCAGAAGAUGAACUCCAAUUGAUUAUCCUUUUCUUUGCAAACGAAAUCAUUAAUUACUAUAACAUUUUUUUAUAUCUUCUGUUUUUAUUUUUCUCUUUGGCUGUUUCGAUCUUUAAUCUUAGAAGAUUAAAGAUUUUUUUCUUUCUAUUAAAAAAAAAUUGUUUUAGAUUAAAAUGCUUUUUGCAAUAUAACAUGCAUUGCGUAGCGUCGCGCAUUAAUAUUUGUCGUCCUAUAAAAGAAAAAAAUCACUUGCAAUUCACCUUCAGCCACGAACGCAUCAUUUCAACUCAAUCGCGCGUUUGCUUAUUACUAUCAUCAAUGUACAAUGUGACAACGUAUCGUGAUUAUCACAUGAUCACGUUUCCCGUGACGCAAACGACAUAUAAAGCCGUAGGUAUCGGGGCAUUUGGGCGUCUAUUAAAAAAAAAAAUAAUUGUGCGUGGCGUUACGGCUAUAUAUUAGGCAAUAUAUAGUGUUACCGCUAUAAUAAAAAUGUAUAUUACACAUAUAUUAUAUAUACAUAUACGUCAUUAUGUGUAUUUAGUAUAAUGAAGUAUUGGGUAUCUUAGUUAUAGUUUCCGAACGUUAAUAAAAUGGUGAUCUCGCAGUGUUUGGCCGGACUCAGGACUUGAUCGUAGUUGACAAUAAUUACGCUCUGCGAAUGAAUCAGUGUGACGGUUUUACGUAUCUAUACAUCGACAUCGCGCGGGAAGUCGAUGAAUUGUUUUGAAAGAGAUAGAUUGAGAAUGAAUGAAAGAAUAGAGAGAGAGAGAGAGAGAGAGAGAGAGAGAGAGAGAGAGAGAGAGAGAGAGAGAGAGUAAAAGAAAUAGGUAGAGAGUAAAAGCUCUUAUUAAGGCUCCUAUUAAGGAAUCCUAUUAAGGAACUUCCUGCUAGAAGUAAAACUCGCCGAUAAACACGCCACACGCGUUCAGAAAAUGGGAGAAAGAGAGGCGGAAAACUGCUAUAGUUUCGUCUAUGUGCAUUUACUGCACUCUCUUGACUAUUCUCUUGCUAUCGGGCACUCGAAGUCUUAUACGUAGAUGCAAAUAGAAAUCACGUGCGUUUGUAUGGAUUGCCAGUGCAAGGAAAAUGCGAUAGGAGCAAAAUAUCGCUGCGUUCAGUUGUGCACUCGAUGGCGGGACUUUUUGUCGUUUUUGAAGUAAGAAGAAAGAAGAAAUGUGCCCACGGUAACAUGACGCGCGUGACGAAAUCUGCAAAUUUUUUCUUCGCGUCCCUCAUAGACCGAUUAAUCUAAAAAUUGCAAUUUUUUUUGUAAGUAGCAAGUGCACUUUCCAACGUCUUCUUCUUUGAAUUAAAAUUGCACUGACGCGAAUGAUGUACGUUGGAGUAUUUUCUAUUUUUUAGUGAUAUCAUCGAUUGCUGGCAAUACUUAUGUAUCGAUCCGCGUAUUAUACACUCGUGUACGAUCGUGCGUAGAAAAUGUAAAGUAACAAUACAAGAAUAAGAUCUAAACGAGAGUAAAGUGAACAACACAAAGGUGUUGACUAUGUUUUUAAUGUUACUGUCUGGCUUGGUAGACUGGAAAUUGGAUGAUAUUCAAAAACAUUGUUUUAUUCAAUAUCUUCCCAGCACUUGUGUUCGUUUUUGGAUAUAUUUGAUAUUCGAUUAAUAUUUAUCGAGUCAAUAUUCCAAAUUCGUUCAGUCUACCUUCAGUUCAUUAACUUAAUCGCGUUUAACUUUACCAAAAGAAAAUAUAGCAAAAGAAAAUUGAAAAGGACACAUGGAGAAUGAAAGAUUAUUUUUUACGUAUGUAGUUUAUAGAGCGAUCUAAGAAUAGAAGAAACCAUGUGUCCAAGUGAGGCGUAAAGUGGUUCAAGUUGAAAAUAGUUGAGUUGGAAAUAGCGUGUUUAUAUCAGUUCUUGUAGGGCAUAUGACACAUUAUGAAAUAUGCUUUCUUAAUCUGAUAAAUCAUAUCUCAACACUUGGUUACCCUUCGCCUCACAGGAUCAUAUUACACAUUAAAAAGAAUUCAGAUCCAUACGUACGAGGAAGGCGUAUAAGACGGUUCUUGUAGGAUGAAAAAUUGCGUGAUCGUAUUGCAUGGCGUGCUACGGCCCUACGAUUUAAGUUUAAGUUAAUUAGGUACUACCAGAUAAUACAGUGUCACAUAUUACUAAUAGAAUACAUUGCGUUUAGGUUUACUUUAGGAAGAAGAAAAUAUUAUUACCAUUAUUACAUUAUUAUAUAUCAUUAGUAUACCGCUAUUACAAUUUUUGCAAAACUGGCUCAAUAUUGUAAUAUACGACUAUCGGAACCUUUAUCGAGUACCAAAAUAAAUAAGAUUGCUUGCUAAA